GACAUUUUUCUUUUUCAGCAUCACGCAGUUCAACUUUAUGUUCCCAUUCAUUUAUGAUUUUAUUCAUUACCUUACGCCAAUUUUGAUCUAACAAACUUAGAUCAAUCACAACCACCUUGUUCAUGGCAUAUUAACGUUUUAGGUGAGUGCACAUGAUUGAAGUUUGCAAUGGAGGUUGAUCUGAAUGAAGAUUUGGAUGGAAUAAAAGAGCGACUGAGAAGGCUAGAAGGUGCAGCUUUUAGGGCAAGGCAACGUCAGAGGCGACGACUGAGUCAUGCUCCGAUUCAGAUAGUUAAGGAGGAUGGAGAAGUGGUGACAGUUGCUCAUCUUCAAGAUGAAGAAACGGUGCCUGAUGGUGAUUUUGAAGGAGAAAUUAUACAAGAGACAGAGGGUAAAAGAAAGGCUAGUUAUUUGGUUGCUGAUGCACUGGGAUUGAGAAACAAUGAAGGUGAAGGUUUUCCUGCAAAGUUGUUUCACUGUAAUGUGUGCCUGAAGAGGGCAAAGGAUCCUGUUUUGACUUGUUGUGGUCACUUGUUUUGUUGGCCUUGCUUUCACAACUUGCCAUUGACAUGUACUUAUGCAAAGGCAAAACAAUGUCCAGUUUGUGAAGGACAGGUCACAAAUGAAAGUCUUACAACAAUAUAUGGCAAUUCAGAUGUCCAUGACAGUGGCAACUUGAAAGUUGAUGAACAAAGUCAUGAAAUUCCUCCCAGACCCUGUUCAAGGAGGGUUGAGAGCAUUAGGCAGCAACUCAGAAAUUGAGCAAUGUUGUGGUUUUCUAACUUCUAUUAGUUUAGCUUUGCUUAGUUAGAAUUUAUAAUCUGCCUCUAUUUUUCAGUUCCAUAUAGAGUUUAAUCUUUCUAUGGUAAGGUUUAGAGGCUUGG